UUGUAGCUAUAUGGAGCGUACACGAGAGCUUCAACUACAAACCAGAGUUGAUAACCAGGGACUGGACGCAGAUACAUACACCUCUGAUCCCUCAGUUGCUAGCCGAAUUUCCCUUCCCAAGCUCAUUCACUACAAGUGGUGGCUCCGCGUUUCGAUCUACAUCCUCUUUCUUCUCUCCGGCCAAUCUGCAGCCACUCUUUUGGGGAGAUUGUACUAUGACAAAGGCGGGAACAGCAAGUGGAUGGCAACACUGGUCCAAUCGGCCGGCUUUCCGGUUCUGCUUCCCCUUUUAUUCUUCUUCUCAUCACCAGCCAAAUUAACCACAACAUGUUCCUCUUCUUCAACACAACCAAAAGUCUCUUCUUUGGUUCUCCUCUACCUUUUCUUUGGUCUAAUCUUGACCGGUGACAACAUGAUGUACUCAUAUGGACUUCUCUACUUGCCUGUCUCAACUUACUCUUUACUAUGCGCCACCCAAUUGGCCUUCAACGCACUAUUUUCGUACUUUCUCAACUCGCAAAAGUUCACUCCUUUUAUACUCAACUCUCUUGUCCUCCUCACCACAUCAGCUUCCCUUCUUGCUCUCAAUGCAGACUCGGAAAACACAAGCGACGUCUCUAAGAGUAAGUAUGUCAUCGGUUUCUUGUGCACUCUUGGAGCCUCCGCGGCGUACUCGUUGUACCUUUCUCUGGUGCAGCUCUCCUUCCAGAAGAUCAUAAAACGAGAGACGUUUUGUAGUGUCUUGGAUAUGCAAAUAUACCCUUCUUUUCUGGCAACAUGUGGAUGCAUUUUGGGACUUUUCGUUAGUGGGGAAUGGAGAAGCUUGGGGAAAGAGAUGAAGGAAUACCAAGAGGGAAAGGUGUCUUAUGUCAUGACUUUGGUUUGGACUGCUUUGAUGUGGCAGGUUUGCUCGGUCGGCUUGUUGGGAUUGGUUUUUGAGGUUUCUUCUCUCUUCUCAAAUGUCAUUAGUACCUUGGCUUUGCCAGUCAUUCCAAUUCUUGCUGUGAUAUUCUUCCAUGAUAAGAUGAAUGGGGUGAAAGUGAUGGCUAUGAUUUUGUCAGUCUGGGGAUUCCUUUCCUAUAUCUAUCAGCAUUAUCUCGACGACUUGAAAUCUAAGGCGGAGAGAAGCAAUAGCAAUGAAAAUUCUAGGAGUGCAAUAGAGGUUUGUUAA